AUGUUUCCAACCCGCGUUCUUUUCGAUCCCGCGCGGUUGACCUUGUUCACCCGCGCCGGGUGUGGCCUAUGCGAUACCGCGAAGCACGCAGUGAUCCAAGUCCAGAAGCGUCGGCCCUUUGACUACGUCGAAAAGGAUAUAAUGGAUUCAGAAAAUAAAUCUUGGAAGGAUGUCUAUGAGUUCGACGUGCCCGUUCUUCAUGUCCAGUCCGUGAAGGGUGGCCAGCCGGCACAAGCGGACCUCUCGGACCCUCGGAAGCUGUUUCAUCGGUGGACCGAACAGCAGGUUGAACAAUUGGUCGAUGAAGCUGAAAAUUGA